AUGAGUCACCUGUCUGCAAAAAUGACUACCUACUUCAGCUACCCUUCUCGUGAACUCCAGGAGGAGUUGAAGAGCAUUGCAAAUGCCAUUGUGGCCCCUGGGAAAGGCAUUUUGGCUGCUGAUGAAUCCACAUCCACCAUGGGCAACAGGUUGGCUGGGAUUGGGGUUGAAAAUACCGAGGAGAACAGGAGACAGUACAGACAGCUGCUGUUCACUUCUGACAAGGCCAUGAACGAUUACAUCUCGGGUGUGAUCCUGUUCCACGAGACCGUCUACCAGAAGACCGACGAUGGGACUCCUUUCGUCAAGGUGCUCCAGAGCAGGGGGAUCAUUCCGGGGAUCAAGGUCGACAAGGGCGUCGUUCCUCUCAUGGGUUCCGAAGACGAAUGCACGACACAGGGUCUGGAUGACCUGGCCCAAAGGUGUGCCCAAUACAAAAAGGAUGGGUGCCAAUUUGCCAAGUGGCGAUGUGUUCUGAAGAUCAAGAAGAACACACCAUCGCACCAGGCCAUGUUGGAGAAUGCUAACGUCUUGGCACGCUACGCCUCCAUCUGUCAGUCCCAAGGAAUUGUACCUAUUGUGGAACCUGAGGUCCUUCCUGAUGGUGAGCAUGACCUAGAUCGUGCCCAGAAGGUGACCGAGACCGUCUUGGCUUUCGUCUACAAGGCCCUCAACGAUCACCAUGUAUUUCUUGAGGGGACACUUCUCAAACCCAAUAUGGUGACAGCUGGUCAGAGCUGCUCCACCAAAUACACUUCACAGGACAUCGCCCGUGCAACGGUUGAAGCCUUGGCUCGCACCGUUCCCCCUGCCAUGCCUGGUGUGACUUUCCUGUCUGGAGGACAGUCUGAGGAAGAAGCUAGCAUCAACCUUGAUGCCAUCAAUAAGUACCCAGCAAAGAAGCCAUGGAAACUGACAUUCUCUUAUGGCCGUGCUCUGCAAGCAUCUGCCUUGAAGGCAUGGAGUGGCAAGAAGGAGAAUGUAGGUGCUGGACAACAGGAAUUUCUUAAGAGGGCAAAGGCCAACGCCUUGGCAUGCGAAGGGAAGUAUGUUGCCGGGUCCCUGCAGUCUGUGUCCGGAGGGACGUCCCUGUUUGUCAAGUCUCAUGCCUAUUAGAGAGCAACCCAUGCAUUCCCCCUUCUCUCCAUAGCUCUCAAUAGAUCUUGGGCAAAUAGUGAAGCUGCAAAGGGGACAUACCAAGCUGGUAGUGUGGCAGGGGCUGCCGCUGGGGAAGGCCUCUUCAUCAAGGAUCAUGCAUAUUAAGGAAUGAAGUCAAUCUCCUUUGUUUCCCUUCCAUCUUGUGUGUCACUAGCCUCUCUGCCUCUAUCCUUCUGUCUGGUUCUCUUGUUUAUGUACAGCUCAUGUACUUCUUGCAUGGUGCUACUUCUCUCAACAUCCCCAUCUCAAGUGCAAUAUUAUGCUUUUUUCUAGAAUCAUUCAAAUCCCAGGUGCAUUUUCACAUGUUCUUGCAUUUAGCCAAAUGUCCUGGUGUCUGUAGUCUGGUCUAUUGGAGUGUUCCUCUUCACAGGUCUGAGGAUAAAGGUGUUUUCCCGUAGGAAA